GCUGCGGCGGCGUAGGUGCGCGCUGCGCGCCGCUCAGUCGGUUACGCGCCGGUCGAGUGUGUGGACGGGCGGAUCGGUGUUGGAUCGUAAUUUGGUGGUAUUUUGGUGUACCGGGCCGGGGACUUUUAUGCGAGUUGCGUGGCGGAACGGUGCCGUGGGGUGUCCUUACGCGAGGGUGCACCCUUUUUAAGGGUUCGGCAGAAGUGAGCUGUUGGUCUGAUUGACAAAAUGACGACCGACAUCUCGGUGGUGCGCGGGGGUUGGGACCCCACGCUACAACAAGAGAUUGUCGACGAGUACGAAUACGACGGGGGAAACUCGAGUUCGAGACUUUUCGAACGCUCACGUAUCAAGGCGCUAGCUGGUGAGCGUGAAUUAGUGCAAAAGAAGACCUUCCAGAAAUGGGUCAACUCCCACUUAGUCCGAUGUUCGUGCCGAAUCGGCGAUCUGUACGUCGAUCUGCGAGAUGGCAAGAUGCUGAUAAGGCUGUUAGAGAUUUUGUCGGGUGAACGUUUGCCGCGUCCUACCAAAGGCAAGAUGCGCAUCCACUGCCUGGAGAAUGUGGAGAAGGCGCUGCAAUUCCUGCGUGAGCAGAGGGUACAUCUGGAGAACAUGGGAUCCCACGAUAUUGUCGACGGGAAUCCGCGUCUGAGCCUGGGUCUCAUCUGGACGAUAAUCUUGCGAUUCCAGAUUCAAGAUAUCACGAUCGAAGAGACGGAUAAUCAGGAGACCAAGUCCGCAAAGGACGCGUUAUUAUUAUGGUGUCAGAUGAAGACCGCGGGUUAUCACAAUGUAAACGUAAGAAAUUUCACGACAUCGUGGCGAGAUGGUCUGGCGUUCAACGCGAUCAUACAUAAGCACCGUCCAGAUCUGAUCCAGUUCGAAAAGCUUUCCAAAUCGAACGCGAUCUACAAUCUCAAUAAUGCCUUCAACGUUGCGGAGGACAAACUCGGUCUCACGAAGCUAUUGGAUGCCGAGGAUAUCUUCGUCGAUCAUCCGGACGAAAAGUCUAUCAUAACUUACGUCGUCACGUAUUAUCACUAUUUCUCAAAGAUGAAACAGGAGACUGUGCAAGGUAAGAGAAUUGGCAAAGUGGUUGGUAUCGCGAUGGAGAACGAUCGUAUGAUACAUGAGUAUGAGAGCCUCACCAGCGAUUUGUUGCGCUGGAUCGAGGCCACGAUAGAAGCACUUGGCGAUCGCAGGUUCGCGAAUUCCUUAGUCGGCGUUCAAUCACAACUUUCGCAAUUCUCGAAUUAUCGCACAGUAGAGAAACCACCCAAAUUUGUGGAAAAGGGUAAUCUCGAAGUAUUAUUGUUUACUCUACAAUCGAAGAUGCGCGCAAACAAUCAGAAGCCCUAUACACCCAAAGAGGGCAAAAUGAUAUCCGAUAUCAAUAAGGCAUGGGAGAGAUUGGAGAAGGCUGAACACGAACGGGAAUUGGCCCUGCGCGAGGAACUGAUUCGACAAGAAAAGUUGGAGCAGUUGGCAGCCAGAUUUAACCGGAAGGCUAGCAUGCGCGAGACAUGGUUGUCGGAGAAUCAGCGGUUAGUAUCGCAAGAUAACUUCGGCUUUGAUCUCGCUGCCGUAGAAGCUGCUGCGAAGAAGCACGAAGCCAUAGAAACUGACAUUUUUGCCUACGAAGAACGUGUGCAAGCCGUCAUGGCGGUCUCACAGGAGCUCGAGGCAGAGAACUAUCACGACAUUGAGCGUAUCAACGCUCGCAAGGACAACGUGCUACGACUAUGGAACUAUCUUCUGGAAUUGCUGCGCGCCAGGCGGAUGCGACUAGAACUUUCCUUGCAGCUGCAGCAAAACUUCCAGGAGAUGUUGUACAUACUGGACAGCAUGGAGGAAAUCAAGUUGCGACUAUUGACAGAUGAUUAUGGCAAACAUUUGAUGGGCGUGGAGGAUCUGUUGCAAAAGCAUUCUCUCGUCGAAGCAGAUAUCAAUGUGCUCGGCGAGAGAGUCAAGGCUGUUGUUCAACAGAGCCAGAGAUUCCUAGAGCAUGGAGAAGGCUAUCGACCGUGCGAUCCGGCCAUUAUCGUCGAGCGCGUGCAACAAUUGGAGAACGCGUACGCCGAGUUGGUGCGGUUAGCGAUCGAACGUCGUACCAGGCUCGAGGAAUCUCGGAAACUCUGGCAGUUCUAUUGGGAUAUGGCUGAUGAGGAGAAUUGGAUAAAGGAGAAGGAACAGAUCGUAUCCACGGGUGACAUUGGUCACGACUUGACUACCAUUAACCUGCUGCUGUCCAAGCACAAAGCAUUGGAAAACGAGAUACAAUCACACGAACCGCAAUUGAUGUCAGUUGCAGCAGUUGGCGACGAGCUAGUUCGGCAACAACACUUUGGCUCCGAUCGUAUUCAGGAGAGACUUCAGGAAAUUCUCGCUAUGUGGAAUCAUCUGUUGGAUCUGGCAGCUUUCAGAAGAAAGCGACUCGUAGAAGCUGUCGAUUAUCAUCAACUUUUUGCAGACGCGGACGACAUAGACAUCUGGAUGUUGGACACUUUGCGACUCGUCUCGUCGGAGGAUGUCGGUAGAGACGAGGCAAAUGUGGCAUCGUUGUUGAAGAAACACAAAGAUGUAACAGAUGAGCUUAAAAAUUAUGCUGCUACUAUCGAUCAACUUCACCAGCAGGCAUCCACGUUAGGCGAACAGGACGCAAAAUCGCCAGAAGUCCUAGAAAGACUGACUUCAAUAGAUAACAGGUAUAAGGAACUCCUCGAGCUAGCCAAGUUACGUAAGCAGAGACUGCUGGACGCGCUGUCAUUGUACAAGGUAUUCAGCGAGACCGACGGAGUCGAACAAUGGAUCGGCGAAAAGAAUAGAAUGUUGGAUACGAUGGUGCCUGCCAAGGAUAUUGAAGAUGUUGAAAUCAUGAAACACCGCUAUAACGGCUUCGAGAAAGAAAUGAAUGCAAACGCAUCCCGCGUCGCCGUGGUUAAUCAAUUGGCCAGACAAUUACUGCAUGUCGAACAUCCGAACUCGGAACAGAUAAUUGCGCGACAAAACGAACUGAACCAGAAGUGGGCUGAGCUGCGCGAGAAGGCGGAGGGUAAACGCGAGGAAUUGAACUCCGCACAUGGUGUGCAGACGUUCCAUAUCGAGUGUCGCGAGACUGUGUCCUGGAUCGAAGAUAAAAAGCGAAUCCUGCAGCAGACUGAUAAUUUGGAAAUGGAUUUGACUGGCGUAAUGACGCUGCAACGUAGACUGAGCGGUAUGGAGCGCGAUUUGGCGGCUAUUCAGGCCAAAUUAGAUUCCUUGGAGAAGGAGGCGGAAGUCAUACAGAAGGAACAUCCGGAGGAGGCUGCGGUGAUACGCGAGAGAAUUGCGCAGAUUCAUCUGAUUUGGGAGCAGCUGACGCAGAUGUUGAAAGAGCGCGAUGCUAAGCUCGAGGAGGCAGGAGAUUUGCACCGGUUCCUACGCGACCUCGAUCACUUCCAGGCGUGGCUCACGAAAACGCAGACCGAUGUUGCCAGCGAGGACACGCCGACCAGUCUUGCCGAUGCCGAGAAGCUGCUUACACAGCAUCAGAACAUCAAGGAAGAGAUUGACAAUUAUACUGAUGACUAUCAGAAGAUGAUGGAAUAUGGCGAGCGACUGACGACAGAGGCCGGUGAUGGCGACACGCAGUACAUGUUCCUGCGUGAGAGACUGAACGCGCUGAAGAUGGGCUGGGAGGAAUUGCAUCAGAUGUGGGUGAAUCGUCAGAACUUAUUAUCCAACUCCUUGAAUUUACAAGUGUUCGAUCGAGAUGCGCGUCAAGCGGAGGUGCUCUUAUCACAACAGGAACACAUUCUUGCCAAAGACGAAACGCCGACAAAUUUCGAACAAGCGGAACACAUGAUCAAACGACACGAGGCUUUCAUGACUACCAUGGAUGCCAACGACGAGAAGAUCAACUCGGUCGUACAGUUUGCCGGACGUUUGGUCGAUGAAGGACACUUUGCGGCCGAUAAAGUAAAGAAGAAGGCCGAGAACAUCAACGAGCGUCGACGAAUUAAUCGCGAGAAGGCCAAUCUACUUAUGGAGAAACUCAAGGAUCAGCUUCAGUUACAGAUGUUCCUACAAGAUUGCGAGGAACUCGGUGAAUGGGUACAGGAGAAACAUAUCACUGCUCAAGAUGAAACAUACAGAAGCGCGAAGACUAUUCAUAGUAAAUGGACACGUCACCAAGCGUUCGAAGCGGAAAUCGCCAGCAACAAAGAUCGCUUGCAGCAAUUGCAGCAAGCCGCGGACGAAUUGAUUCAACAAAAACCGGAUCUAGCGGAGAUUAUCAAACCGAAGGUCACCGAAUUGGCGGAUCAAUUCAUCGAACUGGAGACCACGACUCACGAUAAGGGUGAACGAUUGUUCGAUUCGAACCGCGAGGUGUUGAUACAUCAGACCUGUGAUGAUAUCGAUUCUUGGAUGAACGAACUAGAGAAACAGAUAGAAAGUACCGACACCGGAUCUGACCUGGCGUCCGUGAAUAUAUUGAUGCAGAAGCAACAAAUGAUCGAGACUCAAAUGGCGGUGAAAGCGAAACAGGUUACCGAAUUGGACAAACAGGCGGAACAUUUGCAACGUACAGUACCCGAUGAUAAAAUGGAGGAAAUCAAGUUCAAGAAGGAGAAAGUCGCUCAGAGAUUCGCUCAGCUCAAGGCACCGCUCGUCGAUCGUCAACGGCAGCUCGAAAAGAAGAAAGAGGCCUUCCAAUUCCGACGCGACGUAGAGGAUGAGAAGCUGUGGAUUGCAGAGAAGAUGCCGCAAGCAACUAGCACCGAGUACGGAAAUUCACUGUUUAACGUUCACAUGCUAAAGAAGAAGAAUCAGUCAUUGCGCACGGAAAUUGAAAAUCACGAACCCAGGAUCAAUUUGGUAUGUAAUAACGGGCAGAAACUGAUUGACGAAGGACACGAGGACAGUCCCGAGUUCCAAGAACUAAUACCCGAAUUGACGGAGAAAUGGCGCGAGCUGAAGGACGCGGUCGACGAUAGAAAUAAGCAUCUGCUGCAGAACGAGAAGGCGCAGCAGUACUUCUUCGAUGCCACUGAGGCCGAGUCAUGGAUGAGCGAGCAAGAGCUGUACAUGAUGGUCGAGGAUCGUGGUAAGGAUGAGAUCUCUGCUCAAAAUCUGAUGAAGAAGCACGAAUCGCUUGAACAUGCGGUUGAAGAUUACGCGGAGACGAUUCGCCAACUAGGCGAGACCGCUAGGCAACUAAUAAAUGACCAACACCCAUUGGCUGAUCAAAUCGCUGUGAAACAAUCGCAGGUAGACAAACUGUACGCCGGUUUGAAAGAUCUGGCUGGUGAGCGACGAGCCAAACUGGAUGAGGCACUCCAGUUAUUCAUGCUAAACCGAGAAGUCGACGAUCUCGAACAAUGGAUCCAGGAGAGAGAACUGGUCGCCGGUAGUCACGAGCUGGGUCAGGAUUACGAUCAUGUGACGCUGUUGUGGGAGAGAUUCAAGGAGUUUGCGCGCGAUACAGAAGCGAUUGGUUCCGAACGAGUGGAGGCCGUCAAUGGCAUUGCAGAUUCUCUUAUCGCUACCGGGCAUUCCGAUGCGGCAACGAUCGCCGAGUGGAAGGAUGGCUUGAACGAAGUUUGGCAAGACUUGCUGGAAUUGAUCGAGACGCGUACACAGAUGCUGGUGGCCAGUCGCGAGUUGCACAAAUUCUUCCACGAUUGCAAGGACGUUCUCGGCAGAAUCCUAGAGAAACAAAACGCCAUGUCCGACGAAUUAGGUCGUGAUGCCGGCUCGGUAUCCGCCCUUCAACGUAAACAUGCCAACUUUAUUCAGGACCUAUCCACGUUGCAGAAUCAAGUAUCGCAGAUCGAGGAAGAAUCCGCUAAACUACAGGCAAGCUACGCGGGCGACAAAGCGCGUGAGAUUACGAACCGCGAAGCCGAGGUCGUAGCAGCGUGGAACAAUUUGCAAUCGUUCAAUAUGGUCAGGACCCUGAUGAUCUGGAUGGAUGACGUUGUGCGCCAGAUGAAUACGUCUGAAAAACCGCGCGACGUCGCCGGCGUUGAAUUGCUGAUGAACAACCAUCAGAGCUUGAAGGCAGAGAUUGAUGCCAGGGAAGAUAAUCUAAUGGCAUGCAUUAAUCUCGGAAAAGACCUCUUAGCUAGAAAUCAUUAUGCCAGCGCGCAGAUAAAGGAAAAAUUGGCGGCAUUAACCGAUCACAGAAACGCAUUGUUACACCGAUGGGAGGAACGUUGGGAGAACUUGCAACUCAUUUUGGAAGUUUACCAAUUUGCUCGAGAUGCGGCAGUUGCUGAAGCAUGGUUAAUUGCUCAAGAGCCAUAUCUUAUGAGUCAGGAGCUUGGUCAUACUAUCGAUGAAGUUGAGAAUCUAAUCAAGAAACACGAGGCUUUCGAAAAAUCGGCAGCUGCACAAGAAGAAAGGUUUAGUGCCUUGCACCGACUUACUACUUUCGAAUUGAAAGAACUAAAGCGACGAGAGCAAGAAAGGGAGGAAGAAGAAAGACGCAGAAGGGAGGAGGCGGCAGCGGCAGAGGCUGCACGUUUGGCUAAGGCGACGCCUGUUACUAGUCCAGAUGAACCACCUAGCGAUAGAGCUGAAACUGACGGGGCAACAAGUGGAGAACGUGGAGAAGAUGAGGGACACGCGGCACAUCGCAAGGCUUCUACACGUACACCACAACCUCAAGACAAACCCAAGGAAGUGCAUGCACAAAGACCUAGACAGCUGUCUUUCCGGGAAGGAGAUGGGACUCAACCUGUCACGCCAACAUCUGUGAAAAUUCCACCGCAUGGUACUCGCACGCCGACAACUCCGAAAGGAAGUGGCUCCGAGGCUGCAAGGCGUAAGGAACGAAGCCGCAGCAAGUCACCAUUCAGGAGCUUCCGCUGGAGAAAGUCCGCCAAGUCGCCAAGUUUAGAUCGCAGUGGUGUGAGUGAUGAUGAGCAUAGUAUUCCUGAACCACGAAGUCCGAGCGACGACGAGUUCGAGGGGCCGUUACAGCGGAAGCACGAGUGGGAAAGUACGACGAAGAAGGCGUCCAAUCGCUCCUGGGACAAAGUAUACAUGGUCGUACGCGGGCAGAGCUUAUUUGUAUAUAAAGAUCAGAAGUCGUACAAAGCUUCGCCCGAUCAAUCGUACAAAGGAGAGGCUCCUCUUGAUUUGAGAGGCGCGACUAUUACUGUAGCGAGUGAUUACACUAAGAAGAAACAUGUCUUCCGAGUCAAGUCGCAAAGCGGAUCCGACUUCCUGUUCCAGGCCAAAGACGAUACCGAAAUGAACGACUGGGUAUCCGCAUUAAAUCAAGCGGCACAAGGAACAUCAGGUGCAAGCACAUCCAGGGCUCACACCUUGCCAGCCCCGACACAAGCCGAAACUAAGCGGCGUAGUUUCUUCACUCUCAAGAAAAACUAAACUGGAGCAGUGAAGUACGGUGUAAAGCCGCUCGUAAUGCGUCUGCACAACAUCGUGUUUAUCAGAAAUGUUUCGUCGCUCUACAUGGUUAAAGCAACGCUAAUAUAAAAUUAGAAGACAUGGCCACGGUGUAAUGAAAUGAAUUGAAGGACGGAUUGAACGCGGGUCUUUGAAAACGCCUACUUUCGAAGAACGGAGAUAUUUAACGGUUAUAUGUUGAUAUUUACAAGUGUAGGCUAUUGAAAGUCUAAUUAAAUUUAGUUCUUCAAUGAAUUUUGGACACUUUGCAAUAUUGCUAGUUGAAGAACAAGCGACAUUUUUCAUGUCCCACGUUAGCGUGAUCAGACUUUUGACACGGGAUUUAAUUCUAUUACAUUUUGCGUAUAUAUUGUCACGCAUUUCAAGAUGCACGAUCAUUUCUUUGUCGCGGAAACAGUGAAAUAAAUAGUGUCUUCUUUGUGGUACAAAGUAUUUUAUAAGUUGCUGCGAUGUUUUUACAUUCAGCAAUCUUUUUUAAGAACGUAAUUCGAUAGAAGACGGGUUCGAUCUUGUUGUGUCUGUAAAGAACGUGGAUUGGAGGAGAUAUAUCUUGGUCCAUGAUUUAUGAUAAUUUUUAUGAUUAUUCUAUAUGAUGAGUUCGGAUUUUUAACGUCUUUUAAUGCAUUUUAUUGCAUUUCACGCGAGUUUUCGCGUUACAGAGUAGAUAUAAUCUCCAACAAUAUACUAAAAGGAGGGCGAGAACGAUUCCAGCCGUGUUGAUCGCUUAGGAUAUAUCGCUUUCAUUAUCAUAUUAUCGCACCGCAGUAUUUUACUUGACUUCUUUUCCUGCAAACGUAUCUGUUUGCGUUCGGAUGACUGCCAUAUAUUUUAAGAGCCACACUAACUUGGGACAUAAUAUUAUAUAACUAGCUUUUAACAAAUUGUUAAAUAUGCAGCGCCCUAAGGGAAUAUCGCAUUGAAGAAUUAUAAAGAAAAUGUAACGCUAACAAGAGAGAGUUUCCUCCCUUCCCUUAUCCCUUCCCCCUUACACGAUUCCAUAUAUCACACUAUUCUGCAAGAGUUUAAAAUUUUUGGACUCGCGCAAAUGAUACAGUUUGUAUUAAGUGAGCGCUUACGGUAAAUUAUUAUAGCCGUGUUAUAUCAUUGUUGCGAAUCACUUGUAUAUCUCACUUGAUUCCGACUCGACAUUUGGCGUGACAUGUGGACUAUACUAUUACUCUUUUGUAAUUGUUAAUUUUCUUUUUUAAUAUUUAUCACGCUCAUCUUGUUUUUUUUUUCUUUUUAGAAU